CCAGGCCCCGAGCUGAGGACGGAGAGCCCGGAGGACAAAUCCCCGCGGCAGAGCCUGGUGGGAGAGGCCGUUUUGAAGGGCUCCACGUCGCAGGAAGGCAGCAGGGAGGAAAAGGGCCGGAGAUCCCCCCACAGGAGGGGCUCCAAAGCCAGCCCAGGGUGCUCUGAGGAGGAAAGACCCAGCCUGUGCCGGGAAGGCGGCCAGAGCUUGAGCCAGAGCUCCGAACUGGUGGUCCCUGAGCAGCCUCCCAGUAGGCAGAAGCCCUUCAGGUGCUUGGAAUGUGGGAAGAGCUUCAGGACAAGCUCCCACCUGAUCCGACACCAGCACAUCCACAGUGGGGAAUGUCCCUACACAUGCAGGGAAUGUGGAAAGAGCUUCAGUAACAGCUCCAACCUUCUCACCCACCAGCACAUCCGCAGUGGAGAACAGCUCUACAUAUGUGGGGAAUGUGGCAAGAGCUUCAGCCAACACUCCAAGCUGAUCCGACACCAGGCCAUCCACACUGGGGAACGUCCCUACACGUGUGGGGAGUGUGGGGAAUGUGGGAAGAGCUUCAGCGACAGCUCCACCCUCCGCACCCACCAGCGCAUCCACACUGGGGAACAGCCCUAUACAUGUGGGCAAUGUUGGAAGAGCUUCACGAAGAGCUCCCAUCUCCUCAUCCACCAGCGUAUCCACACUGGGGAACGGCCCUACAAGUGCUUGGAAUGUGGGAAGAGGUUUCAGACCAGCGCACAUCUCCUCCUGCAUGAGCGGACACACACGGAUGAGAGGCCCUUCCGCUGCACCAACUGCGGGAAGGGCUUCAAGCACAACUCCACCCUCGUCAGGCAUUGGCGCAUCCACACUGGGGAGAGGCCCUACAAGUGUGGGGAGUGUGGGAAGAGCUUCACCCGCAGCUCUUACUUGACCUCACACCAACAGACCCACAAGUAA